UAGAAAACGGCAAUAAAUCACGUCAAUUGUCAAUGCGCGCAUGUGAAAAUUAUAGAAAUUUUAUUUAUUUUUGAAAUAGAAUUCUUUAUAUUGGAAACUUAAAAUUUGUAAUUUAGAACCAUGGCAGAUGAUCAAGCAAUUAAUGGAAGCGCUGAAGACUUACCAGAAAAGAAUCAAAAAAAAGUUGCCAAAUACGAUAGUGGAGCAGCCGAUCUGGAAAAAGUUACAGACUAUGCAGAAGAAAAAGAAAUAUCUACCCAAGAUGUAGCAAAUGCAAUAUCAGCUAUAGGUGAUAGAAGAAAUAAAGAUGCUUUAGAAAAACAAGCUAGAGAAAAAGAACUGUUGAAAGUAUCAAUUAAAAAGGAAGAUGUGGAUUUGAUUGUUCGCGAAAUGGAAAUAUCUAGAACUUUGGCAGAAAGGACUCUUAGGGAAUAUCAUGGAAAUGUUGUGAAUGCUUUGGUAGCAUUGACCAAUUGAACUUUAUUAUAUUAAUAAGAACAAUUUUAGUCCUGACAGUAAGAAUAUUUUCCAAAUAAAACAGUGAACACAAUUAUUUUUUGUUUUUACAAAAUUAGCACUGUUUGGGUGACAAUGAACCUUUUCAAGUGUAGUUUUUUAACAUGUCUACUACUAUGCUUAUUGUUACUAAAUUAAUUAAUAAAGAAUGAUUUUUUCCAAGUUGGUAAUUAAGAAUUGUCUUAGAUAUGUCUAUGUAUAAAUGUAAUUUGUCAACUAAAAUGUAAAUAUGAAUUAGUUCUAGAGCAGUUUUUGUAUAUUCUAUUGAUGGAUAAUUCUGUCACAUUUAAACAAAUAAUCCCUAAAUCUGAUGGUUGGUUAAUCUCAAAUGGUUGUGUUGAAGAAGCCUUUAGAGUUUUGCUGUUUGUUUAGGAAAGAUGCUAAAAAUUUAUUUAAUAAUUUUAACAAUUCUUUAAUACCAACUUAUUUGUACACCUAUAACUUCAAUAGUAACACACAAGCCCCUUCCGAAUUAAGUUGGCCCAAAGUCAUAUUUUUCAAAAAUUUGUUUUUAAAAGGCUUUAUUGUGAACUUCAUUUAUUCUUAUUUGUAUAACACUAAGUGUUAAAUCAAUGAAACUGAUAACUACAACAGGAGAAAUCUAAGAAAUAUACAACAUAGGCACAUAGUGGAUUUGAAAGUUCAGUAUUUAGGAACAUCUGCUUUAUUCUUUAUGAUCUCCAAAAUUGUUUGGGGCAUAGUUUUAACACUACAAAAUUCUGGUUUGAAGUAAUCCCGUCUUUAUUGAAGUCUUUGCUUCAAUUCAAAGAUUGUUCUAGUGGGAGGUUCAUUAAGCACUUUUUUCAUCUCUUGGUAAAAAUUUUCUAUGAGAGAUAUAUCAGGAUACUAGAAGCCCAUGUUGUUUAAUGGAACACUCCUAGAGAUACUGUUUACAGCGAUUGUAUUCCAGAAUUUUCCCACAACAAUCCGAACUUGUCUGCUUCAUAAUGGCUAGACAAAGUCGUUCAACUUAGAGAGAUAAACGGAUGGGAUGAUGUCUCUACCAUAUUCCAUAUGCAGUCAAGACUCGACGGAAUGGCAACGUCCUGGUACCAUAGUCUCGCCAAGUACAACUACACGUGGAAUGGUUGGAAAAGACUUAUUUUAAAAUCCUUCCUGGAUCAUAACCAUGAUACUAUGACUAUAAGAUAAGAUAUUGCGCAUGUUUUUGUGACGUCAUAUCCGACAAUAGUUUGGAGAUAUCCUUAUGUGUACGAUUAUUGUAAUUAUUAAACCUGUUGACUUAUUUUCGUCUAGUAAUUUCAUCACAGAAUGCAUACAAAUCUCAUUUAACUUUAACAAUAAUUCAAAUUCUAGUCUCCAAUGACGGGAUGUGCGAACCCGAUCGAUUUUGAGCUACUGGAAGAUCCUAUCUUGUUAUUCAUAGUAUCAUGGAUCAUAACGAUUACGCUCCUUUGUUGAGGAAAAUGUUGGACAGAAAGAAACAUAAAGGCGAGACAAUGAGUGUAUAUUAGAUACCUACCAUGAUAAUUGUAAUAAAUCUGAAAUUUCUGAUUUAAUUUUUUUGAAUUAAAAACAAGUACAUUUUUUUAUUGAUAAUAUUUUCUCUAUCCUCAAACCUUGAGGAAGGGAUACAGUCAGUUUCAGAUUGAAUCUUAAUUAAUUGUCAAGCCACACAUAUACCAGAAGACUACAACAUUUUUAAAAUGCACCUGACAAUUGUGAUUCAAUUUUUUAGAGCCACCUGCAUUUUUUAUCAUUAAAUUGGAUUCAUCUAUGAUAGGAUUACAUUGUUUUUUUUUCUAUUGAAUGUUAUUAAAAAUUCCAUAUGAUCCAACAAAAGCAUUUAAGUACAAUACUUCUUCUUUAAGUGCCGUCUCCCAAUCAGAGGUUCUAUAGAACUGCAUUUAAACCAGUCCCUUAAAUUCUUCAACCAUGACACUCUCCUUCAUCCUUUUGUCUUUCCCUGUAUUAUUAGCCUCAGUUCAUAUCUCUGUCCCCUCAUUAUGUGUCCCAGAUAUUGUAACUUUCUUAUUUUUAUUGUGUUAUUUUGCAUUCUUUGCCCAUUUCUCGCAAUACUUCUGUGUUAGUUUUCUUCUGUGUCCAUGCUAUUCUAAGCAUCCUCCUGUAACACUACAUUUCAAAUGACUGUAACUUAUUUAUGUGUUCUUGCUUCAAUGUUCAGUUUUCAAGUCCAUAUUGCAGUAUUGAAAGCAUGUAGCAUCUCAGUGCUCUUACUCUCAGUUCUAAUCUAAGAUCUUUGUUGCAGAGAAUUGCUUUCAUUUUUACUAAUGCAUUUCUUUCUAUUUCUAUCCUAGCUCUUAUUUCGGUUGUUUGAUCAUUAUUGCCUAAAAUCCAGGCUCCUAGGUAUAUAUCAACCCUUUUUAUCAGUACAUUUCCCAAAUGUAUGAUUGUUGGUAUAUUUGUUUUCUUUGUUAUUAUCAUGUAUUUGGUCUUUUUUAUAUUCAUUUUUAGUCCAUAUUUUUCACAGAAACUGUUUGUUUUGUUUAGCAGUAAUUUUAGUUGUUCAGCAGAGCUUGCCAUAACCACAGUGUCAUCUGCAUAUCUUAUGUAUAUUAAGUACAUAUAACUUUUUAUAUUGGCCAAAAAACUACGAUUUUAAUAGUUGGGCUAUCUGACAUGGGAAGGAGCUCAUAUGUGUCUAAAUAGUUUAUUGAGAAGUGAUCAUUUUUACAGAAACAUCUAUCCUUAGUAAUUAACUUAGUGAAAAUUUAGGAGAAAGCAAUGUUUUUAUGUACACUGUUUAAUUUAUAACACAAAAAUGUAAUUUUGAUCCAACAAUCAUCUAUUAGAAAAAUGUUUUCUACAAUUU